UUAUGAAAGACGCCGACUUUCGGAUUUCAGACCAAUUGGCAUCCCACGUGCGGCGGUCGCUCGCCCAGAAAUGCUGGGUCUCCUUCUCACCGUCAAAUCCAAUCAUGAGAAGGCGGGGCUUGCUGGGGUUUUCGGAUCAGACGCGCCCGCCGUGUGAAACAAGUGCGCCGUGCCGUCCGUUCUGAUGGAAUUGCGGAAGGUUAUCAUGUGAGCAUUGUUGCGGAGCACAAAGGAAGGAGCCAGCAGGGCAGGGGGGGAUAGUCUCCGACCAUCAUUUCUGCUCUCUGCCACCCCACGAGCACCGAAGGCGACUUAGAUUACAAAUAAACCAAGAAAAAUGUCGACCCCGACCACCGAGGAGCUCCGCCAGCUGAGCGAGCAGGCAGUCGAGUUUACCCCCCAGAUCACUCAGCGCCGGCCCUCGACCUUCCUGUCCCUGGCUCCCAGCACAUCAGAGUCGUAUCCUCGCACCCCGCGGGUCAAGCAACCACUUACCGCCGAGGCCCUCACCGACGCUGCGCAGCAGCAGCAAGCCAGUGCGGCCACCGAGGAGGAGCUGGCCAAGCGCCGCACUUCCAGCCUGAGCAGCGAUGCGUCCAAGUUCCGUUUCCUGAAGCUCGGACCCGUCCACUGGGGUGAGCACCAGGGCGAGAACGACACCGACUUCCACGAGGUUGCCGUCGAGUAAACCGUCCAUAUCACACCACCGCCUCAUCUCAUCAUCUACGGCACUGCGCCCGGCCCUUCCUUUCAUUUCGCCUCUUCUUUCGGAUGCUUUACGCCC